AGCUGUAACACACCUGACUUUAAUUAAUGAGCGUUAAGAUUGAAGCAGGCGGUUGUAUUAGCUUUAACCGGAAGUUGAUAAAUUAGCAUGGUUAGAGCAAGCAGCUAACAGGAUGUACAGGAAAGCAGCUUGGAGGAAAACUGUCAGCGAUGCAGUGCGUAGCCACCAGGAACAAGCCCUCAGCACCGAUAUGCAACUGUUAAAGACCUACGGCCCAACAGCAUUUCUGCUCGGAGAAAAUGGAGUGACCCUUCAUUUUAAGGUCCGCCUUGGAGACCCGCACACCUGCACCUGUCCUGUGUUCAUCAAGAAGCAGGAACUGUGCAAACACAUCUGCUGGGUUUUACUGUGUAAAUUCAGCUUACCCAGAGAGCAUGAGUACUCGUUCCAGCUUGGACUUGUGGAAAGGCAGAUCUUGGAGUUGCUCCAGGGUGUACACUGUUUCAAAGCCCAGUGGACAGAUGCUGACCCCUCUACCGCUUCUGGGACCCGGAGCCAACCAGGCCCAAGCCAGGAGGCUGGAAGCGUCUGCCGGAAAGUGAUUCAAGCCCAGGAUGUGUGUCCGAUCUGUCAAGAGGAGCUGCUGGAGAAAAAACAGCCAGUGUCUUUUUGCAGGUUCGGCUGUGGCAACAAUGUGCACAUCUCCUGCAUCAAAGUGUGGGCAAAUCACCAAAACCUCUCAGACAUGCAGAAGAUGGUGAAAUGUCCUCUGUGCAGGAAUAACUUCAGCUCUUUAAAGUCGCUCCACGUGCAGGUGAAGAACUCUCUAAGUCUCUUCACCAGAGCUGAAAGGCAGAGGCCAGACAGACACCUGGGGGUGCGCUGCCACAGCUGCCAGGUCUGCCCUGUCACUGGCAGAUGUUUCAAAUGCAUGGUCUGCAGUAAUUUCUAUCUGUGUGAAAAAUGUGUGAAGAGGGGCUGCCACUCACAGCAUCCCCUAGCUUCAAGAACAAGAAGGACAAAGCCGUGGCUCCGUGUUGGGGAAGACUCAUCAGGGGAGGCAAAGGAAGCAAACUGCCAUCUUUACCAUGAUGGUACUGUUGCAGCAGCUGCAGAUCCUUUAUCAGACAGUAUGUUGAAGGGCCUGCCUGCUCUCAGAGUGAGAUCAAGGUCUCGUCUCUUAGACGAAGGGCAGCAAUGUCGGCUCUGUCUGAGGGGCUUCAGCCUGGGUCAGCUCAUACGGGCUCUGCCCUGCUUUCACAAGUUCCACGCGGACUGUGUGGACCAGAUCCUGCUUGCCUCAAACUCCUGCCCCCUGGAUGGAUAUGUGAUGUCUGCCACAACUAGAAGAGUCAGAGAUGGAACUGCCUCUCCGAGGUUGGCCUCCUGCCUUUCCAGAAAGGGGAGGACUACUUUGUCUGUUUUGUCAGGAUGCUCCUUGUCCAGAAGUGAUUUUAAAUGAACUAUUUUACCCAUGUCUGAUUAUUUUUGUUUUAAUAAAACUUUUUUUAA